UACACAAUAAUUCCAACUCGCUGGAUUGGCAUUGCACUAAUGAUAAGUACUGCAUUAGUCAAGUUACAUUUAACAUAUGUUUAACAUGAACGAAUGGUGCAUUGCGUAGUUCCAAAUACACAAUUACAGGGUAGAAUUUUGACCCCGUCGGCUUUCCAUAGAAAAGUACUCAGGUAACACACGAACUUCACGAUUCAUCAAGAAUCAUGAAACAAGUGUGCUAUUUGUUAUUGUGUGCACUGGCUGUUGGUGUGGCGGAUCCAGGGAAGAGAACAAUUAGAGUGAUGUCAUACAACACGGGACUGACGUCUCGUAUUCCUUACUAUUGGAAAAGAUCUGAAAAUAUAGGAAAGACAGUAUCAAAAACCAAGCCAGAUUUCAUAUGUCUGCAAGAGGUUUGGCACUAUCGAGAUCUGUACAAAAUUGUACAAAAGAACAGUGACAGAUACCCCUACUCAUUCAGUGCUGUACAUAAGGACACCAAGACCCUCCUGAACAACACGGGUCUACACUGGCCUACAUGUGCUAGGUUUGACGUCAUGAAAAUGUUCUUCGGAAUGUGGUGGCAUGGUUGCAUGUCCAUGAAAGAGGACAUUGCCCGUUUGGACUGCGUGACGGAGAAGGCGGGGUUCAUGGAGCUUCCUCAGCAGUGCAUUACAUGUCUGACGAUGGUUAAACUUUCACCUCGAUCAGUCUUCAGCGAAUGCCUUGGCGCUGUCGAAAACCAAAUGAAUGUGCCAGGUCUGCUGAUAUUAAGUAAGCGGAAAUUACGUCAUCCAAAAAUGGUGUAUUUCCGACCGAACGUGAAACAGCUCCUGCCACGUGGUUAUCUUAUGACUGAGGUACAAGGACUUGGGACUGUUGCGUGCACACAUACAACUGCAGACCUUGGGAAAAUAUAUUACGAACCAAAUCUGAAAUCACGAUUUCACAGCUGGAAAGAAGAAAACUUGCAAGAUGCUAGGAGUCUUAUCAAGGAUUUGUCCCAAUUCCCCACUUCUGUCAUAAUGGGAGAUCUAAACUGUAGUCCAAAAAUUCCAGGGAAACACAUACAGGGUGAUUAUGAGGAUACCCUGGAACUAUUUAAGACUGCAAACUACUCGACGCCGUACGUUGACAUGUGUGGAAGGUGUACGUUUUGUUCCGAGAACAAUCUCGUGCCUUAUAAAACGGACUGGAUUCUGGAUCACAUCCUGGUCAGAGGAUCCAGAACACAACAUGCUAUGAGAAUUAUGGAUGACAAAAUGACAGACCAAAAUGUGCACCCUUCUGACCAUUACGGAAUACAAGUUGUGUUUAAUAUUUCUGACGAGAAACCACGAGUGUAAUUUAAGUCACUGCUAUGAAUUGUAUUAGAUGCGGAUUUAAUAACAGUGUCAAUUCCAUUGAAAUGAAGCUUCCAGUCGACAUCUGAAUUGUGGGUCAAAACCCUAAUUGAAAUCAAAACGCAAUUUUGAAUGCAAUAAAUAUAGGAUCAUAA